AUGUCUGACAAUCCUUCUGAAUGGUCCAAGCUUGAUGAAGAUAAGAAUCCAAUAGAAAGUCUUGCUGAAUCAGUGUUAGCAGCUAUUUCAGCAGUGGCAAGCAUCGAAGUAGAAAAGGAGAAUUUCAUCAAAAUUGGUUGCUUUCUUUACCGGGCAUCUAUGGUCAUAUCGGAGUUUCAUAUAAACAAGAACAGCCCAACAAACGUGAUUGAGAUUUUACAAUCUCUAUCUAUGAGUGCCGAUAGGGCUAAAAACUUCGCGAAGAAAUUACAGAAGAAUGCGCACACAUUCCAGUUGUCUGAAUUUAGAAACAUCCUGGAACAACUUGAAGGUGUGAUGAGAAACAUAGGAGACAACCUCAGUUUAGUACCAUUAUCAGUGUACGAGGAUCAAGACUACGCAGAAAAGGCAGCCAAGGCUAUUUCCAAGGAGAUGAAAGCGGCCUAUUUUGUAGUUAACCAAACUCGAGUUAUAGAGACGAAAGAGAAGCUUCAAAUGCUGUCCUCUGUGGACAUAUCAAGGGAAGAUAGAGAACAAAUGGACACGGAUUUGUAUUCUGUUGACAUCGAAAUUGCUGCAAUGAGACUUCAGCUAUCAGGUAACAUAGAAAGCAGAAAGAGUAGAGACAAAAAUGACUAUGAAAGCUGGAGUGCUGGAUCCUUGAUGAGUUUGCCACAAAUGGCUCAAUACAUGGAGCCCUUAUACGAUACAUUCUUCUGUCCUCUGACGAAAAAGAUUAUGGAUGAUCCAGUAACAAUAGAAAGUGGAGUGACCUAUGAGAGGACAGAAAUUCUAGAAUGGUUUCAUAAGUUCGAGAAUCCUGAGGAAAUUGUCUGUCCAAAAUCAGGACAGAAGCUAAAUAGCUCAAAUAUGAGUACUAAUGUGGCUCUAAAGGCAACGAUUGAUGAGUGGAAGGAAAGAAAUGAGACUGCGAGGAUUAAGGUUGCCCGGGCAGCUUUAUCGUUGGCUAGUACAGAAAAUAUGGUGCUCGAAGCAAUAGAAGAUCUACAAAGUGUUUGCAACAGAAAUUCUUACAAGAAGGUACACCUUCGCAGCGUUGGAAUGAUCCCAUUGCUUGCUAACUUUUUAAAUCAUAAAAGCAGAGGCAUAAGAUGUGCAGCUUUGGAACUACUGAGAGAAUUGGCUGAGGAUGACGACGAGGGCAAGGAAAUUAUUGCCAAGACAGUUGAUAUUUCGAGAGUAAUAAAGAUGCUGUCGAGUAAUCAUGGACCUAUUAGACAUGCAUCAGUGUCACUCUUGUUCGUGCUCUCGAGGUCCCAAUUUUUGUGUGAUGAAAUAGGGGCAAUAGCUGGAGGUAUUCUAAUGCUGAUCACAGCCAAGUACAGACAGUCCAUCGACGCGUUCACUUCUGAAAAAGCCGACGAAAUUUUGAAGAAUUUGGAGAAACUCCCAAAUAACAUCAAGCUCAUGGCAGAAAAUGGAUAUUGGGAACCCCUGUUAAUUCAUCUUGUUGAAGGUACCGAAGAGAUGAGAAUGGAAAUGGCAAAUUAUCUUGGGGAAAUUGUUCUUGGACCUGAAAGCGAGACCAAUGUGGCGGAAAAGGCUUCUCCGGCUCUCAUCCAAAUGGUGCAUACCGGAAAUUCUUUGAGCAGAAAUGCUGCAUUUAAAGCCUUAAAAAAAAUCUCGCGUUACCAUCCGAAUGCUGAAAUACUCGUUGAGGCUGGUAUCAUCCAAAUCAUGGUCAAGGAGAUGUUCACAAGGACUAUUCACAACGAACCAAUGAAUUCAAAAACCGAGGCAGCUGGAAUACUUGCAAAUAUACUCGAGUCGGGGAAAGAGCUCGUGGAUUUUCAAGUCAGUGAGCAUGGACACACGCUGGCUUCAGAUUACAUUGUAUACAACAUCGUUCACCAAAUUGUAAACUCAACACCAGACGAGCUGAACAUCAAUCUCAUCAGAAUCCUAUUAUGCUUGAUGAAGUUCCCUAAAGCAUCAGAUACCAUUGUUUCUGUGAUCAAGGAGACAGAAGCUAGUUUUAAUUUGAUUGAAUUGAUAAAUUUCCCGAAUGAAGAUCUCGGGCUUGUAUCCAUCAAGCUACUCAUCACGCUAUCAGCCUUCAUGGGACACACACUAUCAACCGGAUUAUGCAAAACCCGAGGCCAACCCGAGAGUCUAAUCCAGAAUCCAACUGAAAUUACAAGAAUCACAGAGAAGGAUGCUGUUUCAGUCAAUUUCUUGGCAAAACUUCCACACCAAAACCUCGCACUCAACCUAGCUUUGGUCAACGGUAACAUUGUUCCAACAAUCAUAAAAAGUAUCAGUCAGAUACAAAUUACUGGAACGAGAUCGAGCAGGUAUGCAAACGCUUAUUUUGAAGGCCUGGUGGGAAUUCUCGUCAGAUUAACAACAACAUUGUAUGAUCAUCAAAUACUUCUUCUAGCAAGGACUUACAACUUCGCCUCAGUUUUGACAGAGUUACUAACAAAAUCAUAUACAGACGAAGUUCACAAGUUAUCAGCAAUAGGGCUGGAGAAUCUGUCCAAACAAUCUGUAAAUCUAUCAAAGCCUCCACAAAUGAAGAAAAACAAGAUCCUGAAAUUCUUCAUUUUCCGACAAUGUUCAUUACCAAAAUCAUCCAAAAGUAAAGAAUUCUCAUUGUGCCCUAUUCAUAGAGGCGUUUGUUCAACUCAAGAAACAUUCUGCUUACUCGACGCCAAGGCUGAUGAAAGGCUGCUUGCCUUCCUCGACCAUGAGAACGUGGAGGUGGUUGGGGCAGCAUUAUCAGCUCUAUGCACAUUGUUGGAUGACAAAGUUGAUGUUGAAAAGAGUGUGAUCUUGUUGUGCGAAAAACGCGCUAUCCAGCAUGUACUGAAUAUAGUGAAGGAGCAUAGAGAGGAAGCCCUUUUGCAGAAGUCAUUUUGGGUGAUAGAGAGAUUCCUGUUGAAAGGUGGGGAUAAAUCUGCUUCAGAUAUAUCACAGGACAGGUUGCUUCCUGCAACAUUAGUCAGUGCAUUUCACCGUGGAGAUGAAUGCACCAGGCAAAUGGCAGAAAAAAUCUUAAGGAGUUUAAACAAAAUGCCAACUUCAUACAAUACAUUUACCAUGUAA